AGAAACAAACACAAGAAGAUCUGAUACAGAAAGGAAAAUAAAACCCUAACUGGAUAGGUUGAGUUUGGUGGCGAAGGAAAAUAUUAUAUAGAUACAGAGAUCUGUACUUGUAUCUUCACUUGCUCUUCUCCGCCAGUUCUAAAAUCAUCCGUUUUCAAUCCCAAGCCAUGUCGGACGAAGAGCACCAUUUCGAGUCCAAGGCUGAUGCCGGAGCAUCCAAAACCUACCCUCAGCAAGCCGGUACCAUUCGUAAGAAUGGUUACAUAGUCAUCAAAAGCCGUCCCUGCAAGGUUGUGGAAGUUUCCACUUCCAAAACUGGAAAGCAUGGUCACGCCAAGUGUCAUUUUGUUGGAAUUGAUAUUUUCACUGGCAAGAAACUUGAGGAUAUUGUGCCCUCCUCUCACAACUGUGAUGUUCCUCAUGUGAAUCGUACUGACUAUCAGCUCAUUGAUAUUUCUGAGGAUGGAUUUGUGAGUCUGCUUACUGAAAACGGGAACACUAAGGAUGACCUCAGGCUCCCUACUGAUGACAGUCUUCUGACUCAGAUAAAGGAUGGAUUUGCUGAGGGCAAGGACCUUGUUGUGUCUGUGAUGUCUGCUAUGGGGGAGGAACAGAUUUGUGCUUUGAAGGACAUUGGGCCGAAGAAUUAGCUUUUCGUGUGGCUGUUUCUUGUUUUUAUUUAAGCAAAAUUAUUUUUGUAAACCUUGGUUUGUUCAAGAACUGCUUAUAGAUUUUAGUCAGACUAGUCUUAACCAUUGUGUUUUUCUGUUGUCAUGUGAUUUUAUUAUGAAAAGAAGAGUAUGUGGGAAUUAUUUUUGGUAUUAUAUGAUGAAUGGUGAAUAUUUUUGGUAUGA